AUGUCGGCAGCCAGGAACAUCAAGUGCGUUGUUGUCGGCGAUGGCGCUGUUGGCAAAACGUGUAUGUUGUGGGUGUACACUCACAACGCAUUUCCGCAAGAAUACGUCCCGACAGUGGUGACAUUGUCUCGACAAUUGUAUAUUGUCUGCAUUAAAGUGUCAUACUUUACAGAUAAUCUUUUACUGGAGAAUCAAGAUGGUGGAUUGCAUGAUACUAAUGAAAAGUUGAAACUAGAGAAUACUGAUGUAUUUAUAGUGUGUUUUAGUAUAAUUAGUGAACCAUCAUACGACAAUGUAAGCGUGAAAUGGAAUCCAGAGCUUACAAAUCAUGUUCCCGAAGCACCAAAGAUUCUUGUUGGAACAAAGAUUGAUUUGAGGGAUAACAAAGAAAUAAUCUCAAAACUAACAGAGAAGGGAAAAGCUCCUCUGAAAAAAGAAGCGG